CAGCUCUGAGAGAGGCUGCACACGUAAAUGAAACACGGAAUAGCCCGUUUUAGUGCCCUGCGGAACUGAAGGGGAGCGCAGCGGAAAGAAACCCUGGUCAUGAUUUAACCGACCCAAGCUCGCAGUUUAUCGGUGAAUAAUCGAUGUUUUCUUUAAUAUCGCGGUACUAGGUCUAACGUGGCGCUUGCCACUCAGUCGUAGAAGAAGUGAAGCUGAAGGCCAGGUCGAGCCAGUGAAGUCAAACCGAUCUUGCGAUGCCAGCCGCGGAUGCAGAGCCGGGCAUGAGCACGGGCAUUGCAGCCCCGGCCCCACCGAGCCACCCGCCAGGUGAACGCGCAGUGAGUGUCCUGUGGUCGUUUGGAAAAUGCCUCGGUGCUCUGCUGCCAGUGUACCUGGCCGGAUAUUAUGGCUUCAGCAUCAGCGUAGUCCUGUUCGGUCUGAUGAUCUACAUGGGAUGGAAACACAGUCGGCUGGAGAAAGUGAUGAGGCUCAAGUCUGCUAUGUAUCUGCUGGAGAACGAGAGGGCAUUCACCACCGAGCAGGCGUUCAAAGCUAAGAGGGAUUUACCUCCCUGGGUCAACUUCCCAGAUGUGGAAAAAGUGGAAUGGCUGAACAAGAUCCUGCAGCAGGCUUGGCCCUUUGUAGGCCAGUAUCUGGAGAAGCUGCUGGUGGAGACCAUCGCUCCUGCCAUCCGUGCCUCCAGCAUGCAUCUGCAGACUCUCAGCUUCACCAAGGUCAACAUAGGAGACAAGGCUCUGAAGGUGGUUGGUGUGAAGGCUCACACAGAACACGAUAAGAGACAAGUUAUGUUGGAUUUGUACCUGAGCUACGCCGGUGAUGUCGAGAUCAAUGUGGAAAUCAAAAAGUACUUCUGCAAAGCCGGAGUGAAAGGAGUCCAGCUCCAUGGGAAGCUGCGUGUGAUCCUCGAGCCUCUGAUCGGAGACGUGCCGCUGGUUGGAGCCAUCACAAUGUUCUUCAUUCGCAGGCCUAAACUGGACAUCAACUGGACCGGGUUGACCAACCUGUUAGAUAUCCCUGGGCUCAAUGCCAUGUCGGACACUAUGAUAAUGGAUGCAAUAGCCUCACACCUGGUGCUCCCCAACCGUCUAACUGUUCCCCUGGUGGCCGACCUGCACGUUGCGCAGCUCCGCUCCCCUCUCCCACGGGGAGUUGUGCGCAUCCACCUGCUGGAGGCUGAGGACCUGACUGCCAAGGAUACAGUCAUCAAGGGCUUAAUCGACGGGAAGUCAGACCCGUACGCCGUUCUACGUGUAGGAACCCAGAUAUUCACCUCUCAUCACGUGGACAGCAACCUGAACCCGCAGUGGAGGGAGAUGUAUGAGGUGAUUGUCCAUGAAGUACCUGGUCAGGAGUUGGAAGUGGAAGUUUUUGACAAAGACCCAGACCAGGAUGACUUCCUGGGGAGGGUCAAGGUGGAUCUUGAUAUUGUGAAGAAGGCCAGAGUUGUGGAUGAUUGGUUUAAUCUGAGGGACGUCCCAUCUGGCAGUGUUCACCUCCGGCUGGAGUGGCUCUCUCUGCUGUCCUCUGCUGACAGACUGAGUGAGGUGAUCCAGAAGAACCAGAACUUGACCAGUAAGACGGCUGAUCCUCCAUCUGCCGCCAUCCUGGCCAUCUAUCUUGAUCAAGCUCAUGCGCUGCCUAUGAGAAAAGGCAACAAGGACCCGAGCCCAGUGGCACAGAUUUCCGUUCAGGAUGCAACUAAAGAGAGCAAGACUUGCUACGGGACCAACAGCCCAGUGUGGGAGGAUGCCUUUACCUUCUUUAUUCAGGAUCCCCGCAAACAGGACAUCGACAUUCAAGUGAAAGAUGAUGACCGUGCGCUGUCUCUAGGCAGUCUGACCAUCCCUCUGACCCGUCUUCUGGCGACCCCUGAACUCACCAUGGACCAGUGGUUCCAGCUGGAGAAUUCUGCUUCUGCCAGCCGCAUCUAUGUCAAAAUUGUGCUUAGGGUUUUGUGGCUGAGUGACGAUGCCACUCCUACGACUCCUUCUCCUCGGCCUACGGCCCCUGGGUCUGGCAUGGGUCAGGGGGGAAUCACAUCAGAGCUGAACCCUAUGGGGCCUGGCGGAUUAGGAAAACCUCAACCAACACGACCACAGCACACCACGCCUGACCCCGAGUUUGCAACAGAGGGAGUGUUGCGUAUGCACCUUGUGGAGGCCCAAAACCUGAUAGCAAAGGAUAACUUCAUGGGGGGCAUGGUGAAGGGGAAAAGCGACCCCUACGUUAAGAUCCGUGUGGCUGGUAUCACCUUCCGCAGCCACACCAUCAAAGAAAACCUAAAUCCUAUCUGGAAUGAACUCUAUGAGGUAAUUUUGACCCAGCUUCCUGGUCAGGAGAUCCAGUUUGAGUUGUUUGACAAGGACAUUGAUCAGGAUGACUUCCUCGGAAGGUUCAAGCUCAGCCUACGAGAUAUCAUCAGUGCACAGUUCAUGGAUACGUGGUUCACUCUAAAUGAUGUGAAAUCAGGCCGAGUUCACUUGGUGCUGGAGUGGCUGCCCAGAAUCACUGACCUACCCAGACUGGAGCAGAUCUUGCAGUACCAUUCCCAGCAGUCAUACCACAACAAGGUUGUGCCAUCGGCAGCGGUGCUGUUUGUGUAUGUGGAGCGUGCCCACGGCCUGCCAUUGAAGAAGAGUGGGAAGGAGCCGAAAGUUGGAGCUGAGAUUAUCCUCAAAGGUGUCUCACAUAAAACCAAGAUUUGUGAGCGUUCCACAUCCCCUCGAUGGGACGAAGCCUUUCAUUUUUUGGUUCGUGACCCCAGAGAUGAGAUACUCACAGUGAAGCUCUCUCACAGCUGGGGCCAGGCCCUUGGCUCCUACACACUUCCUCUCAGAGAGGUGCUGCUCGAGCCGGACUUGGUGCUGGACCGAUGGCUCAAUCUGGAUGGAGCAUUGCCUAUCUGUUGUCUUUCAGUCUACAACACAGCUGAAAAUGCAGGCCCAGCAGGCCAGGUGAAGCUUAGCAUCGGCUACUCCAUCGAGGAGAGCAGGCUUGUCAUCACCGUCCACUCCUGCAGAGCUCUGUCAGCCUGCUCAAAGGACGGCGCAGACCCUUAUGUUUCCUUCAUUCUGCUGCCUGACAAGAAGGCCACCACCAAGAGGAGGACCGCCACCAAGAAGAGAGACCUCAACCCAGAAUUCAACGAGAGGUUUGACUUUGACUUCUCUCUGGAGGAGUCCACACAGAGAAGACUGGACCUGUCUGUGAAGAACAGCGUCUCCUUCAUGAGCAGAGAGAGGGAGCUUAUUGGCAAGUUGCAGCUGGACCUGGACCAAAUUGACCUCAAGACUGGUGUCACACAGUGGUAUGAUUUGGUGGCAGAGGCCAACUAG